AGACUGGCAUCCUGUAACACAGCCCCGGAUACCCGUGUUACCAGCCUUGUCUCAGCCACCUCAAGGAUAAUCACUAAAUUCUGCCUAAAGGACUGAGGAACGGUGUCUGGAAAAGUCUGGAACACUUCCUGCGUUUUUCUUGCCAUUGAUAUUCCUGGAGAGUAAGGGCAAGAAUAUCACAGCAUGGGCAUGAGUAGCUUGAAAUUGCUGAAGUAUGUCCUGUUUUUCUUCAACUUGCUCUUUUGGAUCUGUGGCUGCUGCAUUUUGGGCUUUGGGAUCUACCUGCUGAUCCACAACAACUUCGGAGUGCUCUUCCAUAACCUCCCCUCCCUCACGCUGGGCAAUGUGUUUGUCAUUGUGGGCUCCAUUAUCAUGGUAGUUGCCUUCCUGGGCUGCAUGGGCUCUAUCAAGGAAAACAAGUGCCUGCUUAUGUCGUUCUUCAUCCUGCUGCUGAUUAUCCUCCUUGCCGAGGUGAUCUUGGCCAUCCUGCUCUUUGUAUAUGAACAGAAGCUGAAUGAGUAUGUGGCUAAGGGUCUGACCGACAGCAUCCACCGUUACCACUCAGACAAUAGCACCAAGGCAGCGUGGGACUCCAUCCAGUCAUUUCUCCAGUGCUGUGGUAUAAAUGGCACGAGUGAUUGGACCAGUGGCCCACCAGCAUCUUGCCCCUCAGAUCCAAAUGUGGAGGGUUGCUACGCGAAAGCAAGACUGUGGUUUCAUUCCAAUUUCCUGUAUAUUGGAAUCAUCACCAUCUGUGUAUGUGUGAUCGAGGUGUUGGGGAUGUCCUUUGCACUGACCCUGAACUGCCAGAUUGAUAAAACCAGUCAGAGCAUAGGGCUAUGAUCUGCAAUUGUCCUGUGGUGAAGAGACUUGUUUCAGCUCUGGAAAUGCAAAACCAUUUAUAGCAUGAAGUCCUAAAUGAUCACCUGCUGGAUGAUCCUCCUCCCAGCCUUUCCCUUUUUAGGUCCCUGUCUUAUACAACCAGAGAAAUGGGUGUUGGCCAUGCACAUCCCACCUCAGGCAGCAAGACAAUCUUUCACCCACUGAUGGCAGCAACCAUGUCUCUCAAAGUGGUGAAACUAAUAUCUGAGCAUUUUUGAGACAUGAGAGGCAAAGAGAAACUGGAUCUAAUGGCCCAACAUCAAAGGGUGAACCCAGGAUAUGAAUUUUUGCAUCUUCCCAUUGUCGAAUUAGUCUCCAGCCUCUAAAUCAUGCCCAGUCUUCUCCCCAACGUCAAGCAAGAGACAAGUUGAAGGGAAUUCUGGGGCCAGGCUCACUGGACCAUUGUCGCAACCUUCUGUUUCUCUUUGACUAAGAGCCCUGGCUACAGGAAUUACACAGUUCUCUUUCUCCAAAGGGCAAGAUCUCAUUUCAAUUUCUUUAUUAGAGGGCCUUAUUGAUGUGUUCUAAAUCUUUCCAGACAAAAACUAUCCAGUGAUUUAUAUCCUAACUUCAACCAGUAACUUAGCUGAUAAUCACAGUAAGAAGACUUCUGGUAUUAUCUCUCUAUCAGAUAAGAUUUUGUUAAUGUACUAUUUUACUCUUCAAUAAAUAAAACAGUUUAUUAUCUGAAUCA